AUGACUGAUUUUGCUAAAGUAUUUAAUAUUUAUUCCUCGGAAUCAAAUCAAGAUCAACAAGAAGACAAUCAAACAUUUGGAGAAGUAAAAAGAGCUAAUGCAAGUAUUAAUCAAGAUUUUUCAAAAAAUUUUGUAAGAGUUACAAUAAAAAUUCCUAAAAUGAAAACCAGUCUCAAUUGGCGUAAAUUAAUACGUGAACCAAAUAAUGGGAUAGUAACAGAAGCAACAUAUCAUGGAAAUCGACUAAAUUUUGAAUUUAUUCUUAAUCGAGGUAAAUCAAAUGAAACGAAAUAUGAAUUUUCAACUCGAGAACCACUUCACGGACCAAUUGAGUAUCAUAAAAGUUAUUUAAAAUAUAAAGAUGAAUAUGUUGUUUGGUUUAUUCAUAAAUCUCAACCUUGGUAAACUAAUUUUCCAUGAGCAUUCUAUCAUAUAUAUGUGUGUGGGUGGUUUUUUUUUCUGUUUAUCAUACUUAUACAUAUGUAGAAGUUUUCAGUCUUCUUUAAAAGUUUUUCUUUUAUAUGUUGUAUUUGUUUUGUCAAUUUAUAAUAAUAAUUAUAAUUAUAAUAAAAAAAAGAUUUUUCUUUUUUUUUUUUGAAGUGAUUUAGAAAACACACAAAACAAGUGCUAUUCUCUCUUUUUUUUGGUAUAUGUUCUAUGUACAAAAUAGAAAAAAAGAAUUUUUUUUUUUAAUUAUUAAUUUGCUGUAGCAAUAAGUUCACGAAGGACCGUUACAGGUGCUGAUGGUGCUG